AUGGCAGAGCGAGGAAUUCAGCCGGACUCGGCAAAGUUUUGCUGUUCCAUCUGUCUGGAUCUGCUGAAGGAUCCAGUGACUAUUCCCUGUGGACACAGCUACUGCAUGAGCUGUAUUAAAGACUGCUGGGAUGGAGAGGAGCACAAGGAAAUCUACAGCUGCCCACAGUGCAGUCAAACCUUCACACCAAGGCCUGUCCUGGUGAAAAACACCAUGUUAGUAGAGCUAGUGGAGGAAGUGAGAAAUGCAGGACUCCAAGCUGCUCCUCCUGAUCUCUGCUACGCUGGACCUGGAGAUGUGGCCUGUGAUUUCUGCACUACCAGAAAGCGGAAAGCCCUGAAGUCCUGUCUGGUGUGUCUGGCCUCUUACUGUGAGCACCACCUCCAGCCUCACUAUGAUAUCGCUCCAUUAAAGAGACACAAGCUGGUCGAAGCCACAUUGAAGCUUCAGGAGAACAUCUGCUCUAAUCAUAAUGAGGUGAUGAAGAUUUUCUGCCGUACUGAUCAGCAGUGUAUCUGUUAUCUCUGCUUCAUGGAUGAACAUAAAGGCCACCACACAGUCUCAGCUGCAGCAGAAAGGAAAGAGAGGCAGAAAGAGCUCGGGGUGAGUCGGCAAAAAAUCCAGCAGAGAAUCCAGGACACAGAGAAAGACGUGAAGGUGCUUCAACAUGAGGUGGAGGAGAUCAAUCGCUCUGCUGAUAAAGCAGUGGAGGACAGUGAGGAGAUCUUCACUGAGCUGAUCAGUUUGAUGGAGAAAAGAAGGUCUGAUGUGAAGCAGCAGAUCAGAUCCCAGCAGAAAGAGGAAGUGAGUCGGGCUGAAGAAGUUCAGGAGAAGCUGAAGCAGGAGAUCGCUGAGCUGAGGAGGAAAGACACUGAGCUGGAGCAGCUCUCACACACAGAGGAUCACAUCCAUUUUCUACAGAAUUACCCCUCGCUCUCAUGUCUCAGUGAAUCUACAGACUCACCCAGCAACACCAUCCGUCCUCUGAGCUACUUUGAGGAUGUGACUGCAGCUGUGUCAGAGCUGAGAGAGAAACUACAGGACCUUCUUAGUGAGGAAUGGUCCAAGAUCUCAAGGGCAGUGACUGAAGUGGAUGUUUUACUGCCACAACCAGAACCCAAGACCAGAGAUGAAUUCUUACAAUAUUCAUGUCACAUCACACUGGAUCCAAACACAGCAAACACACGUCUGUCAUUAUCUGAGGAGAACAGAAAAGCAACAGUAAUGAGAGCAGAACAGUCAUAUCCCAGUCACCCAGACAGAUUUAUUGAAUUGUGUCAGGUCUUGGGUAGACAGAGUCUGACUGGACGUUGUUACUGGGAGGUGAAGUGGAACGGGAGAGUUUCAAUAGCAGUCUCAUAUAAGGAUAUCAGCAGAACAGGGACCGGGGAUGCAUGUGGAUUUGGAUGCAAUGACAAAUCUUGGGCAUUGUUUUGUUCCAACAUGAACUGUGAAUUUCAACACAACAAUAUUGAAACUGAAAUCCCGCUCCCUGUGUCCUCCAGAGUGGGAGUGUACCUGGAUCACAGAGCAGGUAUUCUGUCCUUCCACAGCGUCUCUGAAACCAUGACUCUCCUCCACAGAGUCCAGACCACAUUCACUCAGCCUCUUCAUGCUGGAGUCUGGCUUCAUAUGAUCGGAGACACUGCAGAGUUUUGUGAGCUCCAUCCGUCCGAGGAAGAGAUCUACGCCAACGCAGACUCCGUCGCCAGACACCACUCCUCGUCUCCUCCCGAGGGCUCCCCUGCUACAGUCCGGCCUUCUCCUGCCAAUCAACCUUCGCCACCACUCUGCAACUCCACAAGAAGUGAAAUGGCGCAGCGAGGAAUUCAGCCGGACUUGGCAAAGUUUUGUUGUUCCAUCUGUCUGGAUCUGUUGAAGGAUCCAGUGACUAUUCCCUGUGGACACAGCUACUGCAUGAGCUGUAUCAAAGACUACUGGGAUGGAGAAGAACAAAAGAAAAUCUACAGCUGCCCGCAGUGCAGAAGAACCUUCACACCGAGGCCUGUCCUGGUGAAAAACACCAUGUUAGCAGAUAUAGUGGAGGAAAUGAAGAAGACAGGACUCCAAACUGCUCCUCCUGAACUCUGCUAUGCUGGACCUGGAGAUGUGGCCUGUGAUUUCUGCUUUGGGAGGAAACUGAAAGCCCUUAAGUCCUGUCUGGUGUGUCUGGCCUCUUAUUGUGAGCACCACCUCCAGCCUCACUAUGAUAUCGCUCCAUUAAAGAAACACAAGCUGGUUGAAGCCACUGUGAAGCUUCAGGAGAACAUCUGCUCUAAUCAUGAUGAGGUGAUGAAGAUUUUCUGCCGUACUGAUCAGCAGUGUAUCUGUUAUCUCUGCUCCAUGGAUGAACAUAAAGGACACCACAAAGUCUCAGCUACAGCAGAAAGGACUGAGAGGCAGAAAGAGCUCGGGGUGAGUCAGCAAAAAAUCCAGCAGAGAAUCCAGGACACAGAGAAAGAUGUGAAGGUUCUUCAACAGGAGGUGGAGGAGAUCAAUCGCUCUGCUGAUAAAGCAGUGGAGGACAGUGAGGAGAUCUUAACUGAGCUGAUCAGUUUGAUUGAGAAAAGAAGGUCUGAUGUGAAGCAGCAGAUCAGAUCCCAGCAGAAAGAGGAAGUGAGUCGGGCUGAAGAACGUCAGGAGAAGCUGAAGCAGGAGAUCGCUGAGCUGAGGAGGAAAGACGCUGAGUUGGAGCAGCUCUCACACACAGAGGAUCACAUCCAUUUUCUACAGAAUUACCCCUCGCUCUCAUGUCUCAGUGAAUCUACAGACUCACCCAGCACCAACAUCCGUCCUCUGAGCUACUUUGAGGAUGUGACUGCAGCUGUGUCAGAGCUGAGAGAGAAACUACAGGACCUUCUUAGUGAGGAAUGGUCCAAAAUCUCAAGGGCAGUGACUGAAGUGGAUGUUUUACUGCCACAACUAGAGCCCAAGACCAGAGAUGAAUUCUUACAAUAUUCAUGUCACAUCACAAUGGAUCCAAACACAGCUCACACACGUCUGUCAUUAUCUGAGGAGAACAGAAAAGCAACAGUAAUGAGAGCAGAACAGUCAUAUCCCAGUCACCCAGACAGAUUUACUCGAUGGUGUCAGAUCCUGAGUAGAGAGAGUCUGACUGGGCGUUGUUACUGGGAGGUGGAGCGGAAGGGGGAAGUUUCAAUAGCAGUCUCAUAUAAGGAUAUCAGCAGAACAGGGACCUGGGAUGCAUGUGUAUUUGGAUACAAUGACAAAUCUUGGGCAUUAUUUUGUUACAAGAAGAACUUUUACUUCAGACACAACAACAUCAAAACUGAAAUCCUGCUCCCUGUGUCCUCCAGAGUGGGAGUGUACCUGGAUCACAGAGCAGGUAUUCUGUCCUUCUACAGCGUCUCUGAAACCAUGACUCUCCUCCACAGAGUCCAGACCACAUUCACUCAGCCUCUCCAUGCUGGAGUCUGGUUGUACAAUUUCAGAGCCACUGCAGAGUUUUGUGAGCUCAAGUAG